UAGAGCAGCGGCCGGGGAGCUGUAACCUGCUGCAGGUGGAGAGCGGGCAGGAUGCAGGGACAGAGCCGCACACUGCGCCUGGACCGCGGGCAGAGGCUGCAGGCGGUGUGUGUGCUGGGCUCCCGCCUGGCCGUGGAUGUCAACGGGGGGUCUCCGCCGGAGUGCAAGUGGUUCAGCUUUCGUCACAGCCCAAAUAUCGAGUUUGAAGUUGUGAACAGCGAUGUCUCCCAACAGAAAGUGGUUAAUGGAGAGAAGCUAUGGCCGCAGUCCAACAGGACACUGGUGGAGUUCCAGAUGAUGGCGCCAAGCACCGAUAUCAACGAUGGCAAAAUUACAUUUGCUUACUAUAAGAAGGGGUCGGAUGCAGCUGUGGACAAAGCCGGAAUCUACCUGACUGCGAUCGAAAUGUCCCUGGAUGUCGACGCGGAUCGGGAUGGGAACGUAGAAAGAAACAACCCACAUAAGGCGAUGUGGACCUGGGGUCCGGAGGGUCAGGGCGCCAUCCUGCUGGUGAACUGUGAUAAGGACAGUUUGCUCUCCCGCACGGUGGAUGGAGGAGAUAACAUUGUGCUGUCCAAGACGGAUCUCCUGGAUAUGUCAAAGAUGCUGCUCCGGAUCCGAGGGCCCGAAAAACUUCCGACAGGAUACCACCUGCUGCUCUACAUCUCUGCCACUGAAGCACCAAACCUGGGAGUGUUCCAUCUGCACAAUAAAAUGUACAGGCACGUCCUGGGAAGAGAGAAGCUCUUCUUCAAGACUCGGUACACGGGGACCAGCGAGCUGGAGUUCUUUGUGGAAGGACUGCGCUUCCCGGAUGAGGGAUUUAAUGGACUGGUGACCAUCAAGGCCAGUCUGCUAGAGACGCAGGUGGAGGGAAUCCCCGAGACCCCCAUAUUCACAGACGUGGUGACGUUUCGUAUCUCACCGCUGAUCAUUACACCCAACACGCUGGACCCUAUUGUGGUUUACGUCUGCAGCGUGAAGGACAAUUACCUGUUCCUGAAGGAGAUCAAGAACCUGGUGAGCGAAGCCAAUUACAAGAUCCAGAUCUGCUUUGAAGAUGUGAACCGAGGGGAUCGCUGGAUGCAGGACGAGCUGGAAUUUGGAUACAUUCAGGCUCCACAUAAAAGUUUCCCGGUCGUGCUGGAUUCUCCCAGAGAUGGAGAACUGAAGGAUUUUCCCAUUCGGGAGCUGCUGGGACCAGAUUUUGGCUACGUAACAAAGGUUGCAACUUCCUCGAAGGUCACAAGUCUGGACUCCUUUGGAAACCUAGAAGUGAGUCCUCCGGUGACCGCUGCAGGCAAGAAGUACCCACUGGGACGGAUUCUGAUUGGGAGCAGCUUUCCUACCUCAUCCGGCAGAAGAAUGACCAAAGUCGUGCGGGACUUUCUGUAUUCCCAGAGGGUGCAGUCGCCCAUUGAGCUGUUUACUGAUUGGUUGUUAGUGGGUCACGUGGAUGAAUUCAUGACCUUUGUGCCGGCGCCGGAUCAGAAGGGCUUCCGUCUGGUUUUAGCCAGUCCUGCCCUUUGUUUCCAGAUCUUAAAAGAAAAGAAGCACGAAGGACAUGGAGACGCCGUCAUGUUCCAGGGAUUGGAAACCAAGCGAUGGACCGUGACAAAAAUCCUUUCCACGGACGCUAUCGUGUACGAGAACAACUAUGCACAGCACUGCAUUGACUGGAACCGGGAUAUUCUGAAGAAAGAACUCGGCCUAACAGAGGAGGACAUCAUCGAUAUACCUGCCUUAUACAAACUGCAAAAUGACAAGGCUGUAGCCUUCUUCCCCAAUAUGGUUAAUAUGAUCGUUCUGAGAAAAGAUCUUGGAAUUCCCAAACCCUAUGGGCCUAUAAUCAAGGAGACCUGUUGUCUGGAGGAUUAUGCCAUUGAGCUGUUCAAGCCCUUAGAACUGAAGUGCACGUUUAUUGAUGAUGUUGUGUCGUACCACAAGAAACUGGGCGAGGUGCACUGCGGCACCAACGUCCGCCGGGAGCCAUUCACCUUCAAGUGGUGGCAGAUGGAAGAGCCUUAGUGUCCGACCAAGCCUGGAACCUCCUCAUCCUUGUAUGUCUCCUUCUGAGCUCCAGUCUCCUCCACUCAGAUGAUGUGGAAGAUUCUGGGCCAGUUACGGUGCACUCACACACUGCACAUUUUGAUGCAGAAAUUUCCAUGACUGAAAAUCAGUUCCAUUCGUUUGAAUGGGGCAUCGGGCACAAGGAUUUCUGCAAGCCCCAUACAGAUGAAUGAUACUGAUUUUCAGUCAAUGAAAUUUCCGCAGCAUGUGAAGGCGUCCUUACUUAUCAUUACUACUUGGCAUGUGACACAGCUGUGAGCAGCCAUAUAACAAGUGUCUAUUAGGCAUAAUCAUUAUAUACACACAUUAUUUGGCCAAAAAUAUUGGGGCACCUCUACAUUAGACCUACAUGAGCUUUUAUGACCUCCCAGUCUAUAUGGGGCAUUAAUAUGGAGUUUGUCCCUCCUUUGCUUCUCUGGGAAGACUUUCUACAAGAUUUUGGAGGGUGUCUGUGGGGAUCCAGAUUGAGCCGUAUUUUUCGCUAUAUAAGACGCACCCCAGGUUUUAGAGGAGGGAAAUAGCAAGAAAAUAUUUUUCAUCAGAUCAGACCCCCAAAUCAGGAACUCUCAUCAAACUUCCAUGCCAGACCCCCGUCAGACCUUAUAUCAGACUUCCAUGCCAGAACCCUAUGAGAACAUGUCAGACCUCAGAUCAGACUUCUAUGUCAGACCCCCUCAUCAGACCUCAGAUCAGACUUCAUGCCAGACACCCAUCAAACCUCAGAUCGGAGCUAAAAUAAGGAACUUCACUUGCCUCUCCUGCUCUGCGGCUCCUCUCCAGGUUCGGCGAUCGCUCCUCCAGAUGCACUCCCUUGUCUUCCCCCGCCCGACCUAACUGCGUGCAGCGUCGGGUCAUAGUGUGUGCAGUGCGGAGAAGAAGACAAGGGAGGGGGUGAGUACUGGCAGUGCUUCACCCGCUCCCUGCACCUUAUACAUACUAGUGAACGCUACCAUAAUGGAAUCGCUCACAGCAACCAGAGAGACCGGUGCUUUUUCCUAUACUGUGUAAACACGGCCACCGUUGCUGGAUUGUCGCGUGGUCAUAACCAUAGAAACGAGCAGUGUAUAAUGUGAUGGAAAAAUGAAUCCAGCCAGCAAAGGAGGCAAUAUGGACAAUCACGAAACAUUAGUAAGCGCCUGGUAUUAACCUUCUCUACAUGAUAAAUGCCAUUUGCUUAAGUGAGAGGACCCCUUUAAAUGCCUUUGUAUGUAGAAUGGGAUGUGAUAAAAGCUCCUAUAGGUGUAAUGUGUCCAGAUACUUUUUUUUUUUUUCCCCAUAUAGUGUAGUUAAACACCCACCUUUUUAUACAGAAAUUGUGAAUGUCAGCAUUUGCCACUAUUUUUAAAUAAAGCUGUGAGAGUCUGGUGGAACUUCGGAUAUAAGAACAGGAAUGGCUCCCUUAUCAUACGAAUUUUCAUGAAAUAUUGGUCUAUGCUGAAAAGUAGAAAAAAAAA